AUGGAUUUAGAAGCUGCGCUUGAAGCCUGUGACAGAGCAGAUGCAGCUGGUGAACUUUCUUAUACCAAAAUUGCUGACCAAAGCUUAGUGUCGCGAUCUACGCUGUCGCGGCAGCACCAACGCGUAUGCGCGUUGCGUGAAGAAGGCAACUCCACACGUCAAAAGCUUAACCCACAACAAGAGUAUGAGCUUGUUAGUUAUAUAAAUAAGCUUACAGAGCAAGGGCUACCACCUACAAGGUAA